GCUUUACUGAGAGGUGACACACCUCCGCUUAUAUUGUGACGACAGCACAGCGACCUGUCAAAAAUCAGCAAAGCCGGGUGUUUGGCUAGCAAUUUCGUUAUGAUACGAAUAUAAGAACAUGUGACUGAUAACUCGUUUCGUGCCUUGUCAACCAUGGAUAUCUUGCGUCAGAAGAUUAGGAUUAAUUAAUAUCAAAUGAAAAGACUGCGUUUGUAUACUUUUUGACAAAUAACUUGCUUCUGAGAAUUGACUGAUAUUCAAGUCUAAAAGGAACGCUCUUUGUUGCUGCAGAUUAUUUGCAAUUUUCUUCGAAAUCCGUAAAAAUGGAAGACGAAGAACAUGAAGAUUUAUUAAUUCGUGCGAGUAGUGACAACGAAGAUUUUACAGACAAUGAAGAUGCUUUCGCUUCUUCGAGGCGAAGUUAUCUGCAACACGAAAAUUUGUCCAGCUUGUGUUUCGAGCGUAUAAAAUUUAUUUGUUUAGGAAUUGUACUCGUCUUGUCUUCAACUGCCCUUUUAAUUCUCCUUCCUCUUUAUUUGGAGACAGUCAAUGUUUACAGUGAUGCAUAUACAAUGCUGGUGUUUAUUUGUUUUGUUACCACUGUCAUUAUACUUCUUAUGGGCUGUUUAUUGGGAAGAUUACUGAAUCAAUUGAAAGUUAUGUUGUCAAUUCCUUUCUCCUUGUCCAGAGUCUAUCGCUUUGGUUUGGCGUAUGGUCUCGGUGGAUUUUUACUUUUGUAUGCCGUGGACCGAAAAAGAGUGAUGUGUCAUCUUCAGGAUCCAAUUAAAGGGAUUGUUUUAGUAUUUUCUCUUGUGUACUAUUUUUUCUUCUGCAAAAAAAUGAUGGGCCUCCAACAAAUAUUUUGUUCCACAACCAUCGUUGUUGGUUUGUUUGUCAGUGUAGACUAUGGUUUAUGUGAUGAAUUUAGAUGUCGAGGAAAUGAACGAGAACAUCGAAGUGAAGAUGCUGGUUCAUGGAGUUGGCAAGUGCAUUCCCUGUGGACAGUGCUUUACAUUGUGGCUCUUGCUCUCUGGACCCUCCACAGCACACUUCUUGAGGGUUUCUUGGUGAUGCAGCAAGGAAUUCUCUACAUGGGUCCUGGGAGCUCUUUAUUAAGCACUGUUUCACGCUUGGUCUCCACUCGUGAUAGUAGUUCUUCCACCGUCCGACAUUCACGUCCAUUAUUACAGGCCACUGAGGAGGACGGGGACUUCUCCUCUUUGCCACAGAGUCAGUCAGAGCGAAACACUGCAGUACUCGACCAGCAUAGGCAGGUUGCCUAUAUGAAACCUCUUGUUAUCACAGGAUCCAGACCAUCUGCAAUAUCAAUUGCUCUGUGGAUACAUAUUGUCUCGCUUCAGUUGCUUAUUGCUUUGUGUUGGACUGACAUGAUACCCUCAUUUGGGAAGGGUUCUUCUGCCUCUGAAUUUUGGUCAUUUUUUACAUCUGGAUUUUUGUGUCAUUUUGGAGUACAGUCUAAUAAUGCUCACAAUGGCACAAAUAUGAUUUCAUUAGAAACUGAGACGUGUAAACAAAUGGCAUUGUAUGCUUGGCCUUUCAUAAUAUCAUACACGAUAUUUUCUCUCUCAUUUGUGCAAUUUUUGAUAAUUAGUGAAUCAUCAGUUUUCACUGUGGCCAUGACUACCGCUGCAUUGCCUCUCGGCAGCAUUUGGUGGUCCAUCUUUAGAAUGGCUCCUCUUGAGAGUACCAACCUACAAAAUCUCCUGCAGUGGUCACCAUCUGUUACUGGUGAACUUAUUUGUUCAAUAUUGGGGCUGCCCGUGGUUGUGGUGGGACUUGCAAUUUUAUAUAAAUCGCAUUUUCAAGAUAAUGUGUUGGGAAAACCUAUAGGAAGACUUCCAACAACAGGUGUUGCAUGAUCGAAACCUUCUUGUUUGGUAAUUGAUUUUUCGCUUUUCUUGGUGAUAGAAAAUUGUAUUCUUAUAAGAGAAAUAAUGUUAUGGUGAAUGACUUGUUUCAAGACUGAGCACCUCUUGGAUGAUCAAAAUAGAAAACCCUUGCCAAGACCCAAGUUUUGUUCGGUUUACUGUAUUUAAUUAAAUGACCCUAAAAUUUAUAGUAAAACUAGUCAGUUAAGAUAUUCAUUUUUAUUAUUAUUAGAGUCGUACAAUUUUGGCACUGGAUGAAUUGGGCAUCUUCAGUGGUUAGAAUCAGAUUAUUGAUCUGGUUCAGACUGGGCUGAACAAAACUCGAAACGUCAAAACAAAAGCAAUUAGCUCAAGUUCUCCAAGAUGCUAAACUGCACUACUAUUUGCAGUUUACCAAGUUUUUGCUAUAUCUAUAUAUUUGAAUCUACACAUUUUACAUAGGAAAAUUGGAAGAGGGGUGGUCUAAGUAAAAGUAAAUAUAAUAUUUAUGGAGGUUUUGUUGUGUCUAAUCUAAGUUAUACCUAAGAUAUUUUAGGUAACCAAAGGUAUAUAAAAAAUUGUUUCAAUGUGAACUUUGUGAAAAUAUCAUUUUCUAUUGUAUGGGUAUAUUGUUGAAGGAAAUUUAUGGCUAUAUCCAAAAUCUGUAUUGCAUUUUAUCAACUUGAUUACUUCUUGUAUAAGGAAACAAUGAAAAAAAUGAACAGAAAAUCUAGUAGAUAUAAUUGCUUUUAAAAAGAUCAUUUUAAUAGUAGAGUAUUGCCUAUCAUUCAGUAUUAUGAUAUGCAUUUUAUGCAAAUGCUCAUAGAGUUAAUGUAAUGUAUUUUGUAGAUGUCUUUUAAUGAAAAAAUACACUGUAACCUAUCUCUUGAUGUGAAAGUGUAGAAUUUAGUUAUUUAUAAGAAAUUCAAAAAAAUAUAAUGUAAUUUUGCUCUUUCCUUUAGAAAAUGUUAAAAUUAGUAGUGAACAUUUUUAUGGCAUGUGAAACUAUUGAAAUGAUGAAUUGCAUUUUAUUAUGUGCAUUGGUUUUACUCAUUGGGUACUCAAUGUGUAAACAUUUCUUGCCAACAAUAAUGAUGUUAGUACUACGAAAGGAUUUGAUGUUGUUAAUUAACUAAUUAUUGAAUGUUAAAAAAUAAUAUGAUGUCAAUGGUGCUUACAAAUUUCUUAAAACUACUAGGUUCUGUCUUCUUUUAUUCCCAAAGUUAAUAUUAUUUUGCUCACAAUUCACAAAAUUUUGCAAAACCUUCAUUAAAAUGGAAAGAGAUUGGCAUUAGUAAAAUACAUUUUUUUAAUUCUAAGUGUUGCAUGCUAAUCAUUAGCUAGUAUAAAUGAAUAAUGCACUUGUAAGUUUGGGUAUAGUAGAACAUCCAAAUUCUCUAAUCCUACUGGAAAUUUUGAUGGAUUCAAUGAAAUCUGUACAAGUACCUAUACAUAUUUUGAAUUUUUUAUUUUCCAUUUUAUCUAUGAAGUGUUCAUAUGAAAGAGUUUGCCUACUUACAUUACUGUACUCAAAUAAUAUGCAUAUUGAAUUGUUAAAUAUUACAUUAUAAAUAUUAAAUUAUAUUCGAAUGAUUGAACUAAAGACUGGAGAGAUCCUCCGAACUUGGAUUAAGAAAAGGGUAGAGAAGAAGCAGGAGCAGAAUACAAAAGGGAAGAAGAAUUAGAAUUUUAUAAUAUGUAUUGUUGUGACAAUGGGACCAAAGUUAGGUCUUAUU